AUGUUUUCAGCUCUGAAGAAGAAAGCAAAGCUUAUGAUUUAUCAUGCUGUAGUUUUCUUUGAUGAGAAUACCUGUGACAUCUUCCCUCAACUUUGGGUCAUUGAUGACCAAACUUCUUGGUAUCCCUGCAAAUUGACAAAAGCAAGGUCUUACUGCAAUGCCUUGAGGCGACCAGACAAAAUGGAGUUUUCCAAGUGUAGAAUGGAGAAGAAGUACAGUUAUAAAGCCAUUGAUUGCAUUGGAAAAGCUGCUUCCAUGUCUCAACAGGAGAGAGCCAUCUUUGUUGGUGACUGGCUUCGGCAGGCUAAGCAGCGCCUUCGUCAGAAGGAACGUGCACAAAUGUGAUUCUUUGUGAUUCACUUGUUCAAAAGUGAUUUUCAAGUGAAGAAAUAAAAAAUUAUGAAUCCUUGGUCAUA